AUGACUUCGCAAACAGUUUUGGUCAUAGGCGAUUUAGCGAAGCGUGGAUACAAAGUACGGGUCUUGACUCGAAGUGACAGUACCGCGACUGCCCAGCACCUUGAGUCUUUGCCCAAUGUCCAACUUCACGUUGGCUCUUCGUACGACGAGAGUACGCUUCGAUCUGCAUUCCAAGGUGUGGACCUCGCUUUUGUGAACACCAAUAGUUUCGUAAUUGGGAUUCGAAACGAGAUUUGGUGGGGAAUCAGGACAUUCGAGAUUGCUGUUCAAAGUGGCGUCCAGCAUUUCAUCUGGUCUUCUCUGGACAAUUAUUUUCACGGCUCACUGUACGAUGAGUCCCUUCGAGUUGCUCAUUACUAUGGCAAGGGUAUCGUGGCGCAGUGGAUGUCGGUUAUUCCACAGACCCCAAUGCGCUGGUCCACCCUGACAACAGGGCCCUACAUCGAGACAUUAUCGGAAUUUAUGCGACCCGUGGAAGAGGAUGGAGUGACAGUCUUUCGUGCGCCGUUAGCCAAUGGCGCCGUUCCCUUCGUGCAUCUUGGCGACCUUGGCUUCUAUGUAAACUGGAUCUUUUCACACCCUGACGUCUCCGCUGGCAUGAAUCUCAAGGUCGCUGUUGAACAUGUAUCUUUUCAUCAACUAGCAGCAACGUUCACCGAAGUCACCGGUAAACCUGCUAGGUACGAGAAUGUCUCCUUUGAAGAAUAUUUCACGACUGGUCCUUUGGCCGAGGUUGCUUCUCUCAAACUCGGUGCUGAAGCUGCUGGAGAAGACGAUCCUUCGCUUUUGACUAUUCGGCAAAAUUUUACAGCGUGGUGGCGCCUGUACCAACUUUCGGGUGGAAAUACAGGCCUGAUCCAAAGGGAUUAUGAGCUGCUCGACAAGAUUUAUCCAGAGAGGGUCCGGAGCUUAAAACAAUGGAUGGAGAAGGUGGGCUACACAGGGGAAAACAAGCCCGUCCUCAAAACUUACGGAGCAGCAUGA